ACAAGACGAGAGAGAACGUGCUCAUCACCUUUGCAAGGUGUCGAGCGACACUCUGAGAGGCCGCCGCUCGCGGUUGAUGAAAGAGCGAACGUGUGAGAUAGACCUUCCAGGAACGGAAUGGGAUGUUUGACACCUUUGACGGUGUGAGGAAGCUAUAAAUGGCAAAGCUUCGCAGGCAACUCAUCCUCUGCAUCUCUUCCUGUUCGCCUCUGUCAUGGUGUCGUUCUCUGCCUUUUCGUCGCUGCUCCUAUUGGGACUGCUCCUUCUCGCGUCUGCAGCACCGAAUGCAAAGCAACGGAGGCAGAAAUCGGUGAUUCAACUUAUUGGAGAUGGCUUUGGGCCUGCUUCGGAGACUUUUGCUCGCUCAUUCGUGCAGGCGAGAGACGGGUCACCUUGGGAUACGCAGCUUGCUCUCGACUCGCAUCUCAUCGGUAGCAUCAGGACCCGUUCGACGGACUCGCUCGUGACCGACAGUGCAGCUAGUGCCACUGCUUACUCCUGCGGAGUCAAGUCUGUCAACGCCUACAUCGGGGUCGACAACGACAAACGACCCUGCGGAACAAUCCUCGAAGGCGCCAAGGCAAAAGGCUACAACACUGCGCUAGUCACCACGUCUCGUGUCACCCACGCCACCCCUGCCUCGUACUCGGCCCACAUCGAUGACCGUGAUGAAGAGAACGAGAUCGCAAGCCAACAGCUCGGUGGCUACAGCCUCGGUCGUCAGGUGGACCUCCUAUGGGGCGGAGGCCGACGGCACUUUCUGCCAAACUCCUCUUCCACCAGCAGCCGAAAGGACAGUCGAGACCUUAUUUCCGAGGCAAAGAGGAAUGGCUGGACCGUUGUUCUCAAUCGGACCGAAUUUGAGAGUUUCCACAAUGGAUCCACCGUCUCUUUUCCCAGCUUGGGCCUCUUCACAUCGUCGCACAUGGCUUAUGAAAUCGACCGCAACCACACCGCCGAGCCUAGCCUGACGGAGAUGGCCAUCACCGCGCUGAACGCCCUCAAAAAGGACGGAAAACCCUUCUUCAUCAUGAUUGAGGGUGCUCGCAUCGAUCAUGCGGCCCACAACAAUGACCCGAUCGGCCAUGUUCACGACAUCAUCGAGUACAACAACAUGUUUGAGGCGGUCAAGCGCUGGGUGGAUGAAAACGACCACAACGACGACGAGGAGGAGCCUCAGUAUCUUAUGGUGUCGACCGCCGACCAUGAGUGUGGCGGCCUUGCGUUGGCCUACCAACGUCCUGAAGACGAAGAAGGCGCCUACCUCUGGUAUCCGGAUGUUCUCUUGAAAGGCAAGCGAUCCACCGAAUUCCUCGCCGCCGAGUACCUCAAAUUUGCAGCAAACAAGACAGGCGAUGAGCUCAAGACCCGCAUGGCCGACUACGUUAUCCGUGACAACCUCGGCAUUUCAGACGCCUCCGAUGAAGAAGUCCAACGAGCACUGGACCUGUCGAAGCAAAAUGACACCGGCCUAGCUCUGACGAUCUGGCUUGCGAGUAUUGUCAAUUGGCGUGCUCACCUCAGCUGGAGCACGACGGGCCAUAGCGGCGUAGACGUGAACCUGUAUUUACACACGAAAAGGAGCAGACCGGCGCUCGUCAAGAAGAUGAGGGGCAACCACGAGAACUCCUGGAUUGGUACCUUUACCGCUGAUUAUCUUGGUUUGGACCUGGCAUCGAUUACCCAAAGGCUCAACAACGGCUCGAAGAUCCCGGCAGGAGCCGGAAGCGCAAACAAAACGACGUACCUCGACCACUACCACGGCGGCGUUAAGCGGGUGGUGCCGGCCAUCUCUGUUGCCAAGCGUUCAAACGAGAUUGGCUACUCGCAUGCAGAAAACGAUGCCAUUUGGGCAAGGCGAGCUUCCACAGCUCAUGAAGCAAGCCAUCUCUCACUUCACAGGCGUAGCACAAACGAAUUGUAGGGUCCCCUCCUGUCACCGUGACAGUCCAGAAUUGCAU